UUGUCACUCAUUGUGCCGUGAACACGGGUAGCGACAAGGACCAAAAUUCCGUCCGGUAGCAGUUGUUCUCCCUGGAAAGGCUGUUAUCUGCCCCCCCCCCUCCCCUCUCAGUAGAGACACCUCGCUUGUUUAAAGUGCGUCUGCUCUUCAAGGAGAAUAUCUGUGACACAUUACAAUGCUUCAAAUAAGGGACCUCAUCUGGGGAUUGCUAUUCAUUGGCUGUGCAGCUGCCAUCCAGGUGCAAAUCACUCCGACCCAAGGAGAGAUCAGCGUCGGAGAGUCCAAGUUUUUCCUCUGUGAAGUGGUGGGAGAUGCUAAAGACAUUGACUGGUACGCCCCCAGUGGGGAGAAGAUCCUUCCCAACAGGCCAGACAUUAUUGUUAGCCGCGGAGAUGAAACCAUGUCAACCCUCACCAUAUACCACGCCAACGUGGACAGUGCCGGUAUCUACAAGUGUGUGGCAAAGAACGGCGACAAAGAGGCCCAGGCCACAGUCCAAGUGAAGAUCUUCCAAAAGAUUACCUUCGAGAGCGCUCCCAGCCCACAGGAGUUCAAUGAAGGCGAUGACGCUGACAUAGUCUGCAACGUGAUCAGUUCGCCGCCACCCUCCAUCAUUUGGAAGCACAAGGGCUCCAAGAUCCAGGUUGCCAAAGACGUGCGAUUCAGGAUCAUGAAGAAUGGCCACCUGCAGAUCCGCGGCAUCAAGAAGAUCGACGAGGGCAUGUACAACUGUGAGGCUCGUGUCAUGGCCAGGGGAGAGAUUGACUUCAGGAUGAUCAAGGUCGUUGUUAAUGUGCUCCCCACCAUCCGCGCGAGGCUGUCGGAGGUCAACGCCACAGCAGACAUCGGCAGCUCUGCUCUGUUGGCCUGUGACGCAGACGGCUUCCCCGAACCCAGCGUCACCUGGACUCAUAACAACAUUGUCCUUGAAAGGGGCGAUAAGUACAGCCUGAACGAGGAUGGUUCAGAAUUGGUAAUAAAAGAUGUCAAGAAAGUGGAUGAAGGAGAUUACACUUGCAUCGCCAAGAACAAGGCAGGAGAGAAAGCUGAGGAAGUCAGCCUGAACGUGUUCGUGCAACCCAAGAUUACCUACCUGAAUAACCAGACAGCCUCAGAGUUUGACGAACAGGUGACCCUCACCUGCGAGUCCUCGGGAGACCCCACACCCACCAUCUCCUGGAGUUUUGAAAACAAGGUGUUCACUGAAGGAGAGCAGGAUUCUUGGACGCGACCAGACAAAUAUGAGAGCCUCGACAGAAACAUCGUGGUACGCAGCCACGCACGGGUGUCCUCGCUCACCUUGAAAAACGUCCUGUUCACGUUUGCCGGCCAGUAUCUCUGUACCGCCAGCAACUCCAUCGGCCAGGACAACCAGCACAUGUACCUGGAGGUCCGCUAUGCUCCAAAGAUCCUGGGUCCAGUGACGGUGUACACGUGGGAGGGAAACGCUGCCAACAUCACCUGUGAGGUGGAGGCUCACCCCGGAGCCUCAGUGGUUUGGUUUAGAGACGGCCUCCAGCUGCCCUCUGCCAACACCACCAACAUGAAGAUCUUCAACACACCAUCCACCAGCUACCUGGAGAUUAACCCUGACUCUCAGAAUGACUUUGGGAGCUACAACUGCACAGCGACCAAUGUGUUGGGCUCUGAGUCUAAGGAGUUCCUUCUUAUCCAAGCAGAGGUGCCAUCAUCCCCAGAAAUUCAACAAGUGGAACCUUUCUCUAGCACCGCAGUGGUGAGUUUUGAGGAGCCCGACUCUAUGGGUGGAGUGCCCAUUACCAAGUAUAGAGUGGAAUGGCGUUUACCCGGCCAGGAAUGGACUGGCAGUGAGCACGAUGCCAAGGACGACUUGAUCAUGAUCACCAUCGUUGACCUGAAGCCAGAGACCACCUACGAGGUCAAGAUGUCCGCCGUCAACGGCAAGGGCGAAGGGGAGAGCAGCCCGGCCCGCAUUUUCACGACUGAGCCAGUCCAAUAUUCUUUCACAAUUUCAUCAGAGACACCAGCCCCUAUUGCUGCCACCAGUAUGGCCCUUAAAGGGGAACCAAGUGCACCUAAGCUAGAGGUCAAGGUCCAAGAAAGGGGCAACACUCUUAAGGUCAGCUGGAUCAAGCAGGACGAUGGCGGCUCCCCCAUUAAACACUACCUGAUCAGAUACAAGGCUAAGCAUGUGUCUGAGUGGAAACCAGAGAUCCGCAGUCCUCAUGACAGUGACUAUGUGUUGCUGAGCGGCCUGGACUGGAAUACAGAGUAUGAGGUCUACGUGGUGGCAGAGAAUCGCCAGGGCAAGUCGGAGCCGGCCGUCAUCUCCUUCAGAACAGCUACCGACCCGACUACCAUUCCAGAUGCCAUGGACGGUGGCUCAGGCCUGGGCACCGGAGCCAUCGUAGGCAUCCUCAUUGUUGUCUUUUUCCUGCUGUUGGUGGGCGUGGACGUCACCUGCUACUUCCUCAACAAGUGUGGACUCCUCAUGUGCAUCGCUGUGAACUUCUGUGGGAAGGCCGGGCCAGGUGCUAAGAGCAAGGACAUUGAGGAGGGCAAGGCAGCAUUCACGAAAGAUGAGUCUAAGGAGCCCAUUGUUGAGGUGAGAACAGAGGAAGAUCACACCCCAAACCAAGGAGGGGGUCCCACUGAGCCCAACGAGACCACGCCUUUGACAGAACCUGAGCCUGCUGCUGCAGACACUACCUCCACGGUGGUAAAUGUGCUCCCCUCCACUGCCACUAACUCAGUUGCUGAGAGCUUUAGCACGGCGCAGAGCAGCCCUGCUAGUGAGAGCACCACGCUAACCUUCAGCGCCUCCAGCCCAACCAAAGCCGCCCCGGCCAAGUCCUCCCCCAAAAACAGCCCUGCUGCCCAAUCCAGUUCGCUUAACACCCAGCCUGAUGUCGGGCCCCUGGUCGACCUGAGCGACACCCCUAAACCCCCCCCCUCAUCCAACCCAACACUCCUUGUCAGCCCGCCCUCCGCUAAUGCCAACGGGCCACAGAGCCAGAGUGACCCAGUCAAAGCCCCUGACAGCACCCAGAAUAAGGACUUACAAGUAGACGGCCCGACCAAGGAUGCACCCAAUGCCCUGUGCACAGACUCGACCACACCAGCCCACAAUGACGGUAAGACUGUGAAGGAUGAAAACACUAAAGGCGAGACGGAGGUGAAGAACGCCACAGCCGAGGUGAAGACGGUCCCCAACGAGGCUCCCCAGACGAACGGCAACGAGAGUAAAGCAUAAUGUCCUCACCCAAGAGCAGCGGGAAGAAGAGGGUGGUUGGGGUAGGGAGGGUUAUCGGGUGUGGGUUUGUAAGGUUAAAAGGGGGGGGUCACAGUCACUGAAACCUCAAAGCAAUGUCACACACCACCCCAUCGCGUCAGAAAAAACAACAAAAAGCAAAAAAAAAAAGAAAUCAUGGGUCUCUUUCUACAGUGUCUUCUGACCAGAAGAAUGUAAAGACCUCAUGCACAUGCCUUAGUUCCUUUUACGUCAGUUUCUAUUUGUUUAUCGGUCACAGAAAGAAAGCUAAAUUCAUACUUGUAGUUCGCCCUCUCUCUCGUAUGUCGUGUUAAAUUGAUCAGCUGUAAAAGUCCAUCCUGUUUGCCUGUAGAUAACCGUAGAUCGCUGCCCUCAUCAUGUACACACAUGUAAGACUGGUACCAACACUACUCUUCUUUAUGCAGUAUGGUCGUCCACGUGCUAAUGGAUUGUGGGUCUUUCUUCCUUUGUCGAUACUUUGUUGUGUUUAAAUAAUGUGCAGACGUUACUGCCUAUUUAGCUUUUUUAAUGUGUUAUUUCCAGGGCUAGAGAUUAGAACAUUAGCAUGCCUGUUUUUGCAAAGUUACUGUAUUUCUGUACAUGUUGCUGUCAUUUUGUUUUUAAUCAAGUUUCCACAUGGUUCUGGUUCGAGAAAUCGUUUAGCCUAAGAUAUGAGAAACGGAUAGAAAGAUUUAUUAUGUUAUUAAAGUUCAGGGGUUUCAACCCUGUCUCCCGAAGAAUUCUGUUUCCACAGUUGAUAUAUGUUGGUAAAUAGUUCUGCUUGAUACAUUACGGAAGAAACGACUUUGUUACUUUGCAGAUGCGUUCGUUAAAAUGUUUAUUUUGUUGGUAGAAAUCAUAAUCUGGAUGACGUUUGGUUUCUUUCUAAAUGUAUUUUGCCGUAUGUGAGCGGAGGCGGGGUUGGGUUGGGUUUAGGGUAAGGAAGUGGUCACAUUAAAGAUUACAGCUGCGUUCCUUCUGAGGGGCCACAUCCCUCCAAAGUCCAAUAUUCAAGACUGAACCGGUGAACUCGGGCGUCUCAUCCCAAAGGACAAAUACUGCCUUAUUUAGUCCGUCAGUGAUAGAAACUACUGGUGUGUCCUUUGAGUCUCCACCGGCCAAUUGUCCGUUCUGCUUUCAGGCCUCAUCAACUCGUUAAGUCAAAAAAACUGUACAUGUGACCAAAUAAACCAGGUGUGUUCACAUGACUACUCGUUAAUAUGUUCCAUGAGCUGGACCAAUGAAAAAGGAUGCAACAGGAUGUAAAUAAUGGAAGCCAGACAGGAACUCUGCCCGAUCCUGAGCAACUUCCUGUUGGUCAUUUUUGUCCUCACGAGUUGAUGAUGUCCACACAUUAGUUGUCUUCAGUCCCACCCCUUGUUCGCCAACGGAGGUGGUGCCUGUAACGGGACACAGCUUCUGUGCGCAUUGUUAAUACUGCCAGUUAUUUUUCUUGCUGUGAGAAAACACGUGUAUCUCUCUCACACGUACACCUCAACCCUUUCCUAGAGGUCACCUUUUAAACAUGUGCGCCCAGUUCUUUACCUGACAGGUUUGGGGGCUUAACAGUGACUCAAAAGGCCACGUGUGUUUUGUCAAAACAAUUUCAGUCAGCAGGUUUGAACUGAGAAGACGUGUUGUUGAAAGAAAACAAGCCCUCGCAGGUUGUGUUGCUCGAGCUGGUUGACUUCUUGACGCACCAGUUUCCACUGCCAGCCAUCGGUCUUCUUUGGGGUUAACCAUCUCUACCUUCUGCUAUGGUUCAUAGCCAUUGUUGCCUUCUCUGUGCUAACCACUGUUGUUCACUGCUUCUAAGUGAUCGGCCUGAGGCCUCAGCUCGCUCGGAGUUCUGCUCCUCCGAACAUCUGCUUCUCUCAGCCAUCGCUUUCUCUUUCACCACGACUGUUGUCAGUGUGAGUUUGUGUCACCUCUGCUUCCACCAUCUUGCAGUUAAGUCUUUAAUUAGUGUGUGUGCCUGCAGUGAUGUGACAUGUAUUGUAGGUUUAGUACAGCGUAUCGCUUUAUUCUAAGAUCACUUCAUCACUCUUAACACAAGGUCCACUUGGAGGAAAUAUUCUGGAAAUGACUGAAUGAGCAUAUAAAUGUUGUCUUUAUCUGUUAUGCCUGGCCAGAUGUUAAAGGCCCGCCAAAAAGAGGAAACACACACUGUAAGUAGAGGUGUGUUUGGAUGAGUUUUAAAGGACUACACUGACUGAGGGCUGAUCACAUGAUCGUUACCUGGGUCUCUGAUGCAUCUGUUCAAUACAGAGAGCACCUUUUUCAUUUAAUGUAAAUAUAGGUUAUCAUUUUACUGCUGGAACAAAACUCACACUGCUACGACCAUGAAAGCAGGAAGGAAACUGCAUUUAGUGUUGUAUGUGGCAGUAACCGUUUGGUGGGGAAAGUCUAAAUCUGGAUGUUGGAAACGCGGCAGAAUAAAAAGAAAUGUGCAUUUAGUGAAACAUUGUUUGCUUCGUGGUUUCUUCUCUAGUUCAGAUCGUCAGUUUAUGAUGUAACCAGCCCGCUACAGUUUAACAGCUGAGGAAGCUAGCUUAGUUUGAGCACAUGCUAAUGUUGUCUCCCAGCGGCCGUGACCUCACAAACGACUUCCACCAGCAUCAGCUGUAAACAAGUGUUCACCUGUUUGUACUUGAUAAUGAUGAAGAUUGAGAUUGUGGUUAUUUAGCAAAGUACAUGUUACGCUUUAGCAUGCACACUGGACAGAGGUGACUUCAUCGCCCGUCCUCGUUACAUAUUUGGUAAGAUAACAAACACAUUAAACUACCAAAAUCAGUCUAGUCCUUUCAAAUUAAUUUUAAAAAAAGCCCAUGCAGUCAGGAUUAAGGAUUCGUCUGCAAUUUGGAUUUAGUGGAGAUACUAAUACUGUGACUGUGUCUUUAAAUGAAUGCACACAGGACAUUAAGGAAAGCCUCUCAUUGGUCCUUUUCAACAAAACUGAAUGAAGAAGAAAUGUGUCCUUCUUAAACUCACCAGGGAGGAGUGUGGUGUCUGAAGGUCUCGUUCUACACAUAGAAAGUCAAUGAAAGGGUUUUUAAAAAGUGCACACAAGACCUUGCUGUGGAUUUGUAAGGUUUUUUUUUUUUGUACAGUGUUCCUCCUACUUUAGACUGCACGCUAGUACACUGUGAAUGUGUGAAUCCAUUGUGUCAUAGAGUUGAGCAAAUAGUUUGAUUGUGAAAAGAUGUAGCUGAUAGCGUGCGACAGGGUUCUCCAACGUGCAGCAGUCGGACAGCAGCAGACUGGAAAGACCUCUCCUCUCGGUGUCGGUCCAUUGAAAGUUUCUCCAUCGUGCUGCAGAUCUGCUUUUUCAUUUACUACAUUUGAACAGGUGUGAGUUAAGCAGUGCUCUGUUCAACUUGUGUCGUGUUGCUGAGAGAGGAAGUGAAAUUAAAGUCUGAUGAGGACAAACAUAAGAACCAAGCGAAAGGAAAACAUUUGGUCACACCGACACGUCAUCCUCGAUAACUAGCAAACCAUUACAUGAGUGUGAGACUUUGCUCAGGUCCCAUAGUCUCUAAAAUAUCUGAAAUUGUUGGAUUUGUCAGGACAAAGCAUGCAAAAUUAAUAUUCUCACAGUUUUUGAUAUGGAAAAAAAGUAAUGAAGGCUUCAUGUAUUGUAUUGAUCUGCUUUCAAGUGUCGUGUAACUUGUAACCUGUUUCCCAAACGUUUUAUAUUUGUAAUUAAAAAAGGAAGAGUUGUUACUGUUUCUUCUAAAAUACAGCGUGAACGUGUACAAGAA